GCUUGGGCAGUCCCACUGCUGCAAUCCCCAACGUUUCUUUCUUUUCUGCGUCUGUGGGCUCCGUUGUCCUUGAUCACCUUCCCUCUUUUUUUACUCUGAAAUCUAACCGCCAUGGGUGUCCCUACUUCAUUCGAGUUCUCUGUUGCAGGCCUGCAGUCGCCCGAGUUUGUGGAGUUUCUCUGGAGCAAGAUCAACACCCCGCCAUGCCAGGUCGCCAUCCUGGCCAUGAUCCUGCACGUCGCCAACUACAACCUGACCGCUCGCUUCGAGUACAACACUCACCAGUUUACCAAGAUUAUUGGCAAGAACGCGAUUUACGUCUACGCCGUUUACUUGGUCCUGAGCGCCCUGAUCCGCGACCAUUUUAUUCACCUCGCUGUUGCACCUGAUGCUGGAUCACUGGUUAUCUUUCCUGCCGCGGUCGCGACAGUCGUUGGGUCUGUUUGCUUUAUUACCGGAUUUCUCUUGAACCUCUGGACCUUGAACUCGCUCGGAAUCAAGGGAAUGUACAACGGCGACAGCUUUGGAUUCUUGUUUGAUGCUCCCGUUACAGACGGUCCAUACAAGUACAUGGGCGACCCACAAUAUGUCGGCACGACUUUGUCUCUCGUUGGAACUGCGAUCUACUAUCAAUCGGUUAUCGGAUACGUCCUCGCCAUCGACAUGUACAUUAUCUUCUGGAUCUCGGUCAUGUUCUUUGAGGGUCCUCACAUGAAACGCAUUUACUCUCAAAAGACAAAAUCGGACUAAAAAACCAACCCGUAGAGGCGAAGGCGCGUGGCAAAGGAAUGUACACAGCCAAUGGAAUCUCGAUAGAAACAUAAAUAAAGGAUGUUCUGAUUUCGCAC